ACUCAACAUGAGUGUUGUUUGACUUCAGCUGCUUCGUAGUUGACUUAUCCUGUCUGUAUAGAAGACUCGGCUCUCACACAUCACAUAUAUAUCUCCUCCAAAAAAGAGUAUAGACUGCAAAAUCAGUUGUCUAAACCAUGAUCACUCAAAACCUCAUCUUCCUCACUACUUCAUCUCUCUUGAUUCUCUCACUACUCCAUAAUUUGUUUCAAACCGGUGAAGCAAACUGCACCCCAUCUGCCUGCGGCAUUAUUCGCAACAUCAGCUCCCCUUUCCGCCUCAAGGGCGAUCCCAGCAACUGCGGUGAUGGCAGAUUUGAGUUAGCCUGCGAAAACAAUGUGACCUCCAUCUCUCUCAACUCUCACAAAUACUAUGUCAAAGCCAUCAACUACAGCAAUGAUGGUCACUACGACACCUCCACCAUUAGGCUGGUCGAUGCUUCCAUAAACAAUCGCAACAUCUGCUCUUUUCCCACCCUUUCUAUAGAUACUUACAACUUCACCCGCUACUACUAUCAUAAUCCUCAUAGUAUUUCUAAUUACCAAAUUCCAAUAAACGUUUCUAGCUAUCCAUAUGAUUAUAAGCCCUUCCCUAGUAUUAAUUUUAUAAGCUGCCCAAAUCCGUUGACCAAUUCUUCCCUUUUUACUGAUAUCACUACUCAGUGUGCCUCUAAUUCAUCCCAUCCUAGAUAUGCUUAUAUCAAGGUCGGCCACAUGAAUACCUCAGAGUUACCACAUUUGUGCGAAUUAGAAGUGAUAGUGAUGACAUCGUGGCAUUUUAAGGAUUUGAACAACGUUUCGCUUUCAGAAAUCCACCAUUCUCUCCUGUAUGGAUUUGAACUCAUGGUCUGCGGAUCAUAUUCAACAAUGUGGUGGUGGUCGUGGUGGGAGCUUCUCCCAUAUCUUCUGCUUCUAGGUACGUUAUGUGCAGUGGUAAGCACUCAUGUAUUCACCUACUUUGGACUCGCCGCUCUAUCACUACUCUUAAUUCGUACUGCCGUUUUAUUGGGCGGUGAUGGAGUCCGAUCUGCUCGAGUCGUCAUUCAAUUAGUAAUCGAAUGCAUCAUCUUGGCCCCAAGGUUCAUAUUUUUUCCAUUAGCGAUGUGGCUUUUGAUCAAGAAAUUUCGGACAAGGCAUUUGUCCAUAUAUAACAUAAUAGAAAGCUUCCUACGGAGCGACAACAAACUCUCACCAAUUAGAUAUUCGUAUUCAGACAUUAAGAAAAUGACCAGAGGUUUUCAAGAUAAACUUGGUGAAGGUGGCUAUGGUUCGGUUUAUAAAGGGAAGCUCCGAAGCGGCCAUGACGUAGCAGUCAAAUUGCUCGGAAAAUCCGGUGGAAAUGGGCAAGACUUUAUGAAUGAAAUAGCAACUAUUGGAAGAAUACACCAUGUGAAUGUGGUGAAACUAGUUGGAUAUUGUGCACAUGGCUCCAAGCGUGCUCUUGUCUUUGAUUUCAUGCCCAAUAGUUCCCUUGAAAAGUACCUCUUCAAUCGAGACAAAGCAAAUUCCUUGAGUUGGGAUAGGAAGUUUGAGAUUGCAGUUGGAGUUGCUCGCAGGAUUGAGUAUUUGCAUCGAGGUUGUGAUGUUCAGAUCCUGCAUUUUGAUAUCAAGCCUCAUAAUAUACUUCUUGAUGUUAACUUCAUCCCUAAAAUAUCUGAUUUUGGGCUAGCGAAAUUAUGCUCUACAGAUAAGAAGGCAGUGACCAUGACUGUUGCUAGAGGAACCAUAGGCUAUGUUGCUCCUGAACUCAUUAGCAGAAGUAUUGGUGCAGUCUCUUACAAGGCUGAUGUGUAUAGUUUCGGGAUGCUGCUAAUGGAAAUGGUGGACUUAAAGAGAGACUGGAGUGGAAACAAUGGUGAUUCCAGCAAGUAUUUCCCGUAUUGGAUAUAUGAUUGUUUUAACCAAGGUAAUGACGACAUUGAAAUCGUGAAAUUAGGUGAUGAUAAUGAUGCUACCAGAAAACUUGUUCGGAAGAUGACAAUCGUUGCAUUAUGGUGCAUACGGAUGAGUCCAGAGGAUCGUCCAUCAAUGAACAAAGUGUUGGAAAUGUUGGAAGUUGAUGUUGAAUGUCUAAACCUUCCUGAUUAUCCUUGUGAAUCUACCCAGACCGUAAAUCAAACCGGAAUCACAUGUUUGACUGAUUAUGUAUCAUUGCUGUCUCAUGAUGAUGCUUCACCCAAUGUUGAGAUUAUUAUUCAAGACUUACAGAGUGAAAAGGGGCCUUAUUGAUAUCGGGGUGUACGUAUUUGCAUUGAUAAUGUACUAUAAGCAGAGUGCUACACUUUUCUGCCAAUUUUUUCACAA